GUCUUGUGUUGCUGCUGAUCAGGGGUGGGGACCAUGGCUUCUUCAGCCAGCGGGAUGGAGGAGGUUCGUUCUUCUGUUUUGACCCCUCUAAAGCUGGUGGGACUGGUCUGCAUCUUCCUGGCACUAUGUCUGGAUAUCGGAGCCGUUCUGAGCCCAGCCUGGGUGACGGCGGACAACCAAUACUAUCUGUCAUUAUGGGAGUCUUGCAAGAAAGCUGAAAACCUCUGGAUAUGCGAUUCUACCCUGGAGAGCGACUGGCAGAUUGCUACUCUUGCCUUACUUUUAGGCGGCGCUGCUAUCAUACUAAUCGCCUUCCUUGUGGGCCUGAUCUCCAUCUGCGUGGGAUCCCGUAGGCGGUUCUACAGACCGGUGGCAGUGAUGCUUUUCGCAGCAGUUGUUCUCCAGGUCUGCGGUCUCGUAUUGUACCCAAUCAAAUUCAUCGAAACAGUCACUUUAAAGAUAUACCAUGAAUUCAACUGGGGAUAUGGACUGGCCUGGGGUGCAACUAUUUUUUCUUUUGGAGGUGCCAUACUUUACUGCCUGAAUCCUAAGAAUUAUGAGGAUUACUACUAAACCUGGGCUGUAAAUGAAGAAAUGAAAAACAGGACUAUUCAACUUUUUUUUCUAUCUCCGUUUUCUAGAACACAUAUGGAGCAUAAAGCAAUCUGCACAGUUGAUUUAAUCACUUUUGCCUUUCGGCUGCCAAUAAUAUAACCAGCUUUACAUCCACUUUCAAAAACUGCCGAACAUAAAGCAAAGAGUGGGAAAAGGAAUCCGCGGAUAACUGCAUAGGUGACUGCUGAAAUCUGUUGCUAUCUUAACAGACUACACAAACAUAAUCAUGGUAUAAAUAGUUAAUUGCAAAUAAAAUGACAAUAACCACCAAAUGCAUCUGCCGCCAAGAUCUGUAUAAAAUCUUACCACUGCAUUGUGCUGCUGAGUUUUGCUCAAUAGUGUGCUGCAGAGAUUGGAUUCUGGUGAAUAGAAAGCUUAAUAAUGCUUGUUCUUCAA